AUGUCAGGCAAGUCGGGGUUCCACCCUUGCAUGGCCUGCAACGCCAAUAUCCCGCAAGAGGACAAGGAUACCUUCUGCGUGCGAUGCUUGGGCAUUCAGCAUGCCACCUUGGCCCUUGAGAGGGACGUGGCCUGUAGCAUCUGUGAGGCUUUCCAGCCCCGGGUGAAAGAAGCUCGUUUGGAGAGGGCCAUGAGGUUGAGCUCCAUGUCCUCUAUGGCUGAACCGUCGGCAGCUCUGGGAGCCCCAGAGCUCCUCCUCCAUGACCUGUCCCAGGACCCCAUGCUAGACAUCCCCGAUGCGCAGGCUGCCCGCAGUCGCUCCCCAUCGCCACAAUCGAGAAGGGCACCAGCCGCCCAGGUCCCGUUGCAGCCCCAAUUGCCAUUUCCUGAUGUGGAUAAGACCGCGCUGCUUGAUGCACCUAUAUCCACAGGACAUAUAUUUGGGCCAUCCGUGGAGGAGAUCCUACAGAAAUCCCACCGGGUACACGAGGCGUCCCAGCAGAUGGCCACGUUGCUCCCUCCCCGCGCCUCUGCCUGGGAGGGCUGUCCCAAGGCUGUCCUGACCCUGCAGCCUACCUGGGCACAGAUAUUCCCAGAAGAGAUAGUCACCCUGAGCUGUGAGGUGGAGGGGGGCUCUGCUGGCUGGAGGUUUAAACAGCACAGAGAUGGACGGAGACAGGAGUCCUUAUUUGUCAUCUUCUGUAUUUCAGAGGGACGCCCAAAGCCUGCACUGACCCGGGAGCCUGCAGGAGAGAUAUUUGAAGGAGACACAGUCACCCUGAGCUGUGUGGUUGAGGGGGGCUCUGGUGGCUGGAGAUAUCUCUGGUACAAAGACAGGCAGGGAGCUCCAGUGUACCAGACUGACAGCAGCAGUGGAACUGGAGCCGGAUACACAAUCAGUGCUGCUGCUCUGUCCCACAGUGGAGAGUACUGGUGUGGAGCUGGACGGGGCAGGAACACGUCUUACUCACAAUACAGCGAUCCCAACUGGGUAAAUGUAACUGCUCUGUUCUCCAGGGUGACUCUGACAGCCUCUCCAGGAGCCACAGUGAAGGAGGGAGAGGCUCUUAACCUGACCUGUGAGGCAGCAGUGAACAAAACCCCCCGCCCUGAACUCCACUACACCAUUGUGAGAGACGGGGAGCCUGUGACUAGCAGCACUGACUCUGCACUGUACAGCAUAGCCAGCACUGAGAAGAGCCACACUGGGAGCUACACGUGUGCUGUGGAGUCACAGGGAGUGAAGAAGAGCAGCCAGGAGUUACACAUUGAACUACAAACGUCCUGGCACAGCGCUGUUGCUAUUGGCUACAGAGUGAGCUUCACUCUGAUUCAUUUCAUUGUGUUCACUCUGCUGCUCCUUCAAUACUGCAGGAUCCAAGGUUCCCCGUGUCUCGCUGGUGGUAAGUCAAGGAAAACCUCGGAUCAGGAUCAGGAGCAGUCAGCAGAGGGGAUUGAGCUCUCCAGCCGUGUGCAGCACACUGGAGUGGAACUGGAAUAGUGCUGCAUUACCAUAGACUG